GCAUGUGUCUUCAAAUCAGUCCAUGUAUCUACUCUAACAUAAAUUUUCUGAAAGGACAGAAAGCCUAGCGGCGCUUGUGAGAAUUGCAAAGCAGCUGAUGUCUGGGAUAUGUUCAACGUCCAACGGGGAAGGGAGUCUGUUACUGGUACUUUUAGUUUGCAAAAGUUGCUGGGGCUGCUCCGUCAGUCAUAUUGGAUGUCUCUGCUGGUGGCGUGUGGCAAGGGGGAUGUAGUGGCUGCUCCAACCUAUGCUUGUUUCAACUGUGGGCAUCAGUAGUGCGAUAUUUGCCUCGCGUCGCAAAGACCUCCACAAGGGGAAUCCUGCGUGAGCGAGGAGUAUGGCCCUGGGAUGUGGUGGAGCGAGAAAAGAGACAAUUCAUCAUGUUCUUCAUUCCGGACCCUUCGGCGUGGCGAGUGGUAGCAACGCA